UUGAUAUUGGAUUAUCGAUUUUUCAUCAGUGGAUCGAGCGAGAAUGUGAUAAGAAACGAAAGUGAGAUUCCAAGUGAUUUCCAAAGAAGAAAAUCAUAUCAAGCUGCUAGUAAUGUCCAGCAUUAUGGUGCUAAUUGUGAGAAUGUUUGAUACCGGAGCUCAUUAAUUCAGAAAACAAAGUGCAUUGGAAUUUUGCACCCUCAAAAUAAAAGGGCGUUGGUGUGAAGGAAUUUGCAAUACCCGGAGAAAGGAUGUUGAAGCAGGAAAAUUUGGCCGCCAAUUUUUGCGGACUGUUGUCCGUUGCUGGUUGCAAGGAUGUCGCCGUUGAAUGGCGAAUUCUGGGAAAAGAGCAGGACGGAUCUUUGCUGGCAGGCUGGGUUGGAUUUAAUCCGAAAUCCCGGAGUUCCCAAAAAAGCAGGAUCGGUGUCUAUAUGCCGAAAAGCAAAACGUUGCAAAUCUUGUAUACUUUUGCUGGAAAGGAGAACAUCAUUCAGGCUUCUGUUAAUCUAACUAAGACUUUGUUACUUUACACAAAAAAAGAGUUUAAGCAAGAAGCAUCCGGCAGAAAGACGGACAUAUAUCGAACUUUCUUAGUGGAAAUCAAAGAAGGUGUAGAAGUCGAACCCCUAAUGUUGAUGGAAGUGGAUCGAAACCACCAGAUGAUGGCACAGUUUCUGUGGCGGAACUUAGCUACAUUUGAGAAGAGCCAGCAGGAUAAAUUUCUAGUCAUGAUCCAUCAUGAGCAGGUAUUUGUGUACACAGUGACGCUCAAGAAACAAACAAUAGAAGGUGAAGAUGAGGAUUUGCUAGGGAGUAGUUCAAAGUUGAACUAUUCUGAUCCCUCGGCAUGGUAUUUAGAUAAAGCUUGCCUCAAAACGGAAUCUAUCACCAAAAGUUUCGUUUGGGCUCAAUGGGAUCCGAGUGUGCAAGCUCUCUACUAUAUUCACAUGAAGCCGGCACCUAAAACGCUUUUCGAAAAGGAUGACGGUUCCAUUGACAAAAAAAUGAAUCCAACUUUAUCCGCGUUCCAAUUCCAUGACGAUCUCCGCACGGAAACUGUUCUAAACAUUCCACUUAACUUGCCCAACAUUCCAACGUCUAGUUCGAGAGCAGAUGACAUUUACGAAGACGAUACUGUGCCCCUGCGUAUUCACGACUCUUCCCUCAAUCUGGUCAUCGUCAGCGAUCCAAUCGGAAUGCUUUAUGUUUGCCACUAUUAUCUAUAUCAACCGAUCAAACAGUCCGACGAGGAGGCUUCCACAUCGCAAAACAUUUGCGAUGUUCAUUUCGCAUAUUCCGUGACUAUUUUGCACCACGGAUGUGUUAUACACUGCGUAAUUCCUGGCAUUCCGUGGGAGAAGGCCAAAACCAUGAAACCGACUUUUACGCUUCACGGCGAUCAUCACAUGUUGGUGUUUCAAGCGGAUCUCUUCAUGCAUUUGUUGGAUGUUGGUACAUCUCAUGAACCGUGCUGCCAUAUCGUUUGUCCUCCUUUCACGCGCCAACCGGUUACCCAUCUGGUGCCAUGCUUUGCAACUAAUAACAUCUGUUACGAUUCGGCCACGUUGGAUUUGAUUUCAAUUAGCAUUCCUAAAAAUCAUCUCAUUGAAGCAUUUCGGAACGAUACUUCUAUCGACAAUCGGCUUGCAAUUGUGCACUACUUUCUGGCGCAUUCCUGUGGCGAUAUUGUGGAAAUUUUCUCGGAGCUCUUAAGCAUUAUAAUGGAACGUCCUCUUCACCUGGAUACGGUUCCUCUGCUCAAGGAGGCGCUCAUCUCCGGAACCUAUGCUUCUUCAAAAAAGGGUCUCUCGCAAGACCAAUUGGCUCUCUUCAGAUUGCUUCCCCUUACUACAUGCAACACCUCCAAGCCAAUUCAAGCCAAGAUCUCCAACCUUACAGUUGGAUUGUCCCACGAAACCUUGUACAAUACGUCGAUGAUGUUGCUAUCGCCGCAGCAACGCCUCUCUCCAUUUCGGAAGGACAUCUGGACCAGUCUGUGGGAGCGUCUGAAUGACAACAAAGAACGCGCUAGAUUCGCCCAGGAACAAGUUACAGAGAAACUGAUGUACUCUCUCACAUGUUACCAACCGGAAGCGCUCUCUCGUUGCUCCACUCCCAUGUCUCCGGCGAAUCCGAUCGUCAAUGUUGCAGCCGAGUUCUCCGCCGUUGGCAAUCGACGAAUGCAGAACAACGAUCUGCUCCCUUUCGUCGAAACAGAAGCGUGCACGGCCAGCAAGCAGGAAUUAGUGCUGAAUGUCAACCUGCGCGAACUUAGCAUGCAUCUUGUGAAGCACAGUGUUAAGGAAGUCAGCGGAUUUCGGUGGCUGAAAAAUGCCUUCUAUGACAGCAAUCCGGCACCUUCUCACGUCCACGCCGUGGCCACAAGGUAUGUCGCCGCUCAGCUCGAGCAAUCUCGCGCUUUGUGUGUAUUGGUUUGCAAGACGGCUGGUUUGGAUCUAGCACUGGAACCCGAACGUGGGUUUGCUUUAGUCGAUCAACUCACCAGCGCGCUACAGCUCAAACUAUUCACCCUACUUGAACGCUACUGCCUGGCAGCGGAAUCCCUUGCGUUUCCCUUCCCACUAGGAUUCUCAUCAUUUUUCACCUAUCUGGGCUACCGCGCUCUAAGUUUCGAUAACUUUAUGCAGUACGUCGAGCACCACGUGUUUGAGCUGCAGAUCGACGUAAUCAAGGUCAUAAUUGCCGACAUUGAUGACUCGCCCGAGGGAGUGCAACGGAAGAUGAGUCUGCUAAUGACAUUGCCGCGGUCCCGUGCUCGAAGACUGUUAAACAACUGGAACCAUCCGAUCAGUACCAUGCUUAAAGGGCGGGAACACGCGUUGAACAUUUUGUCCGGGAAUUCGGUGCACUUGAGAGGCUACUCGCAAAUGAAGAAACGGGAGUAUAAGCCGAAAGCUUAUCUGUGUUCUCGCUGCAUUUGGCCCUGCUGUAAGAUGCAAACCCAGUCCAGCAUAAAUUUAUUCCUGUCAUCGUCACCAUCAUCUUCGCACAUGCUUUGCACAUACGGUCAUCUUAAUUCUAUUCCCAUGCAGCGGGUUUCCCAGGAGGACAAUCCUGCUCCACCGAAUACUCCCGAAUCAUCAUCCUGUGACUUAUUCGAUUGGCAAUCUUCCGCAUCACUGACGGUUGCUGUAAGAAAAUCCAAUUGGGGUUCAAACUGCCGACCGCGUUAUCUGUGUAAUACCAUGGUUAUUCUUUUAGUUGUAUUGUAUCUUACUGUCGUUGUCAUUAUCAUUUCAACCAUCUAUUUUGCAAUUGAUACACAAUUUGUAUAUUUAGUCUCUAAAAGUUAUAAUGCAAUUAAAAUUGCAUCUUGAUAGGAGCUUAUCUUGCAUGCCGUAGACGAAUAUGCGUUACUGUUAGGAUUUGUUAGUGCAGACAAAUCUUCGCCCAACGAAUGCUUCCCAUUGAUUUGUAAAUAAAAAGUUUCAAUUAACAUUUCAU